GUAUUUGGAACAUUUACAGAGGGACUACAUUGUCAGAUAUGAUAGGAAUCGCCGUCAAAUCUAAGCUCACAUACCACACAGGAGGACUCUUUUCUUGCAGAGCCUAGAGUGACCUGCAAAUUCACUGAUGGCAUGCACUCGUUGAUAGCAACUGCACGCAUUGAUUGGCCGGAGCACCGCUCAGUAAACAUGUACACACUGCGUUCCAGCCAGGAUCCUGCAUUUCUUGAUGUGCUGCUAUCAAAUGGCAGUUCACGCCUUGUCACACAUACGUACACUGGUAAAGACACCAGCUAAAGACUCUCCUGUCUUGUCUCCUAACAAUCCGCUUUGACACACACAAGUGGCUCCUCAUUGCUGUGCAAAACGCCCCAGCUGCCGUUGCCAGCAAAUCAUGGGAGCAAGCCAUGACACAAGAACCGUUAGUUGAUCUCUUCAUGCUAUUACACCUCUCUGGUGUUGUACAAAAGCCAAUCGCCGGCUAUUUGCCUGUACUGAAGUUGCUGCAACCUUGCUGCGUCAGGCGCAGCUUCAAAGAAUGUGGCACCGCUCUCUGGCUGGCAGGACAUCACUUCCUGCCAGAUCCACCUAAGCCUACAAAGUUCCCUUGCAGCAUCCUUGCAAGCAAGGUUGCCCUCUGUUCAUCCCUUUUCUAAAGCUCCUACCAACACUUACUCCAGAAUCACCCAUCUGGUCUCUACAAGGCUGUUUCUCCUUUUGAAUCUGUUCUAGGGCAGGGUCG